AUUUUAUCUGAACUUGAUAGUGAAGUGUGUUUGUUUUCUAAAAUAUACAAUAAUAAUUUAAUUCUGAUGAAACAAACACAAAGAAAUCAACAUUUGUGGGCCAGCUGUACUGUCACCAGUUUAUUCCAGAGUUUAACCCAGUUGGCUAAAUCCAGGAGAGCAGUUCCUCAACUGACCGGUAGAGUCUGGAUCCAACAACAAGUUUAUCUCCAUUGACCUCCAUGUUGAAAUGUUCAACUUACAGCAGAAAUAAACAUCUUUACAGUCUGACACAAAAGACAAUUUUGCUCUCGCUAGUUAGAUUUCACAUCCAUGACAACUUUACGGAGAAAUGUGUCUCAUCAGGUAAAAGUCUAUAAGGAUGCACACUAAUGUAUAAUUACUGGUGAUGGUAUACUAGUUGAUGAGUAAUGCAACGCAGUAGGGAUGAAGUCUGCUGUGGACCUGUUGGGGGUAAGGGAAUGGUUCUGGGAUGGUGCUCUGAAUGUAGGCCAGGACCACUCUCUCAAAACACUUUAUGGUGACUGGAGUGAGGCCUGGGUCAGUGACGAAUAAGGAUUUUCAACAGGUCAAUUUUAAAAUAAUAAAAAAAAAGAAUAUCUAUUGCAGUAGUUUAAACAUUAAGAAUGUUGUGUACACAUAAAUUCAUAUAAAACUUUUAAAUUAAGUGAUUUUUGUUAAGAUGAAUUGGCACUAGCCUUAAAGGAGCUUGAGGCUCCUUUUAAGAAAUGAGACUCUCUAGCGCCACCCUUCACCACGACGGCCGUUGGGGGUACUGCAGCCAACAGUGAAGCCGGCACGGGAGAACGGGGAGAACGUGCAUGCAGCAUCAUGUGACGUCACAUCCGCAGGACAGCGCGGGAAAUUCGGGACCGAAUUGCAGCACAUUUUGCAGCACACAGCCUGUUCAAGGCAAAGGAGAGAUACACUAGAGGGCUCAUUCUUUUGGGUUUGGAACGCUUCAUCUGACAUUAAUACUAGAAAACUUAAAAUGUAUACGGAUUUUUUUCAUAAAUCUUGCCACAAUCCGGCCUCAAGCUCCUUUAAAAAAAGUCAUGUGGUGCAACCAUGAUUCAUAUUAAAAUAAAUUAAUUUCCUUAACAUCUUGACAUCUUUUUUUUUUUUUUUUACAAGUUUUCAGUAUUAUACAAAAAUGGUUAUUUUGAUAGUCGCGUCACAUGAUAUUUCAUAAAAUGGACAUCAGUCAAACUUUAUUUGUAUAUUAUGAUGGAAAUAUAAAUACAAAUGUGUAUAAAUCUUAUACACUACAAGACAUCUCGGAAAUCAUGCCAGAUAGGGCAGAAGAUUGAUUUAAAUACAUUUAGAGUGAUUUCAAAUAAUUUUUCAAACAAGAGUCAUGGUCAGACGGUCGCACCACAUGACAUUUUGACGCUUAAAACAACAACAAAAUCCCAAAUAACUAUUUCUUUUGUAAAAUUCAAGUGAGUCCAUAUGUGGGACAGGUAGGUCAUAUAUAUGGUAUUUCUUUAUCCAUUUAAACCUUUUUUGAAUUGAAAAAAAAAAAUCUGUUUUUCGGAAAAUAUAGGCGUCACGUCAUUGACAGAUGGGUGGGCUAUGGAGCUGAUGCUGCUGUUGCUGCUGAAUGUUUACGACCUCCUGCCCUUCGAUAACCCUGACGGUGGUGUGUGGAAGCAGGGCUUUGAGAUCACCUACCGGGGAGAUGAAUGGGCGGAGCAGCCCCUGGAGCUGUUCCUGGUUCCACACUCGCACAAUGACCCUGGAUGGCUGAAGACGUUUGAUCGGUACUACCAGGACCAGACCCAACACAUCCUCAAUAACAUGCUGGUCAAACUGGGCGAGGACAGCAGGAGGAAGAUGAUCUGGUCUGAAAUCAGCUUUUUCUCUAAAUGGUGGAGCGACAUUGACGAGCAGAAGAGAGCAAUGGUCAAACGCUUGGUGGAGGCGGGACAGCUGGAGCUGGUGACAGGUGGCUGGGUGAUGGCAGACGAAGCCAACUCUCACUACUAUGCUCUGUUGGAUCAGCUGAUGGAGGGCCACCAGUGGCUGCAGACUCACCUGGGUGUGAAACCGAGCAGCGGAUGGGCUGUCGAUCCGUUUGGCCACUCCCCCUCCAUGACCUACCUGCUGAAGGGGGCGGGGCUUAGCAACAUAGUCAUCCAGAGGGUUCACUACACUGUCAAGAAACACUUCGCCCAGCAGAGGACGCUUGAGUUUCUAUGGCGACAGACCUGGGACUCCUCCUCCCGCAGUGACAUCACGUGUCACAUGAUGCCGUUCUACAGCUAUGAUGUGCCUCAUACAUGUGGUCCCAACCCGGCCGUCUGCUGUCAGUUCGACUUCCACCGCCUGUCUGGGGGGCGUGUCUUCUGUCCUUGGAAGAUCUCUCCACAGCCAAUCACAGAAGAGAAUGUCAAGGAAAGAGCACUGCUCCUGCUGGAUCAGUACCGGCAGAAAUCCCGUCUCUUCCGCUCUCCGGUUCUACUGGUUACCCUGGGUGAUGACUUUCGUUACGUGGAGUCCAACGAGUGGGACGCUCAGUUCAACAACUACCAGAAGCUGUUCGACUACUUCGACCAGCACCCAGAGCUCCACAUCAAGGCCCGUUUUGGAACUUUAGCGGACUACUUUGCUGCUCUACAUCGGCGGCUGAGCGCCACAGAGACAUCGCUCCCAACAGUCCGUGGAGACUUCUUCACAUACGCUGACCGAGACGAUCAUUACUGGAGCGGCUACUUCACAUCACGGCCCUUCUACAAACGCCUGGACCGGACACUGGAGUCCACGCUCAGAGCUGCCGAGAUCCUUUUCAGCCUAACGUUGGCUGAAAUGCGACGUUUCUAUGGUAACAAUAAGCUGGCUCCAGAGUUUCCAGCACGUGAACAUUUCCUGCGUCUGACAACGGGCAGGCGGAGCCUGGCGCUUUUCCAGCACCAUGAUGCCGUCACUGGCACCGCCCGGGAUCCGGUGGUGAUCGACUAUGGCACCAGGUUGUUUCACGCAAUCCUGAACCUGCGCCAGGUGCUUCAAAGCUCCGCCCACUGGCUGCUCCUGAUGGACAAGAGCCAGUACCACCACGACCAAUCCAAGCCCUUCCUGCAAAUGGAUGACGUGAUCUCAGCGCAGGACGCGCUCCCUCAGAAGACGCCACUCAUGCUCAGUGAUGAGCCCAGGUUAUUGAUCCUCUUUAACCCAACAGAGCAGCUUCGUACCUCCGUCAUCAGCAUUGUUGUAGACUCUCCAGACGCUGGCGUUGCAAAUGCAGAAACAGGUCAACCCGUGGCUGCUCAGAUGUCUGCAGUGUGGCUGGAGCCCAGCAAAGCAUCCACAGAGUCCUUCCAGCUCUCCUUCAUCGCAGAACUUCCUCCUCUGUCACUUGUUGCUUAUCAUGUGACCAAAGUACCAGCUGGCUCCACGCCCCGGGCCCGCUAUGUCGUCCACCGCCACAACGACCCACCAGCAGUCCGUUCUGAACACUUCCAGGUGUCCCCCCUCCAAGGAUCUACAGCCAGCAGCCCACUAUCUCUCAGCAACAAGCACCUUCAGAUAUGGAGCUCCCCAGAGACGGGCCUGCUACAGAAGCUCCGCCUCCCGUCCGGUCUGGUCCGUCGAGUCCAAGUCCAGUUCCUUUGGUACGGAACCAGAACAGGAUCAAAUCGGGACAAGAGUGGAGCCUACCUGUUCCUGCCGGGGGAGGAGGGUGCUCAGCUCUACUCAUUUACCAAACCGCCCUUGAUCCGGGUCACCAGGGGUCCCGUCUUCUCUGAAAUCACUUCCUGUUUCCAGCAUUUCACGCACACGGUCCGACUCUUCCACCUGAACGGACAUGCUGGGAAAUCCCUGGAGAUCUCCAACAUGGUGGACAUCAGGUCAGAGUCCAACCGCGAGCUCGUCAUGCGACUCGUCAGCGACGUUUCCAGCGGCAACCGUUUUUACACCGACCUCAAUGGCUUCCAGAUGCAGCAGCGCCGCACGCUGGAUAAGCUCCCUCUGCAGGCCAACUUCUACCCCAUGACCUCGUCAGCGUUCCUGCAGGACUCGCGCAGCCGCCUGACGCUGCUGUCCGCGCAGAGUCAAGCUGUGGCCUCGCUGCGACCAGGUGAGCUGGAGGUGGUGCUGGACCGGCGGCUGCAGCAGGACGACAACCGCGGGCUGGGUCAGGGCGUCACCGACAACAAGCUGACGGCCAGCCUGUACCACCUGCUGCUGGAGGAGAUCAGGGCCCAGGAAGUGGGCGGAGCCUCAGUGGAACACCUGUCGCUGCUCGCCCACCUGUCUUCGCUCUCUCUCUCCCACCAACCCAUCGUCAUGGUUGCUGGAAGUGCCAGCCAGCUGCCUAACCUCCGGCCCUUCCUGCCGCUGAGCUCGUCACUGCCAUGUGACAUCCACCUGCUGAACCUGAGGACCCUGGAGGAGCCACAGGAAGCAGGAAGUCCUUCCCAGGAAGUGGCCCUGCUCCUCCACAGGAAGGGUUUCGACUGUAGCGCCGCUCCGGAGCCGUUGCCGUCAUGCACGUGGAGUGUGCAUGAGGAGGUGAACCUGGAUGACCUUCUGGCUCCUCUCCCGCUGCGGUGGAUUCGCCGCUCGGGUCUUACGCUGCUGCGCGACCACGACGAGCCGCCGGCCGCCUCGCAACAGCAGGCACCGCGCAUCGCUCAGCUGCGGCCGAUGGAGAUCAGCGCAUUCCGGGUCCAGUUGGACUGAGAGUGCAGAUGGAUGCAGAUCCACAGUUCUGCCUUCUCUCAGAGCUGCUGCACACAGUGAGGCCAGACUCGGGGGUGACCAAUCAGAAAACACAUGACCUGGACGACGCUCAGGAAGUGUUAAAAAAAAUGAAGAAAAAGCACUGCUGUUACAUAUCAAAAAGGAAAUGGGAAAGUCAGGAUGUAAAAAAAAUAUAAAAGCCAUUAAAGGUCAAAUUAUUUAUUAGAAAUUAAACACUGAAGUUGAUUCUGUUGCCAUGGCAACACAAAGGGACCAGUGAGUGGACUGGUGAAUGUUGUCUGUAUGUGAGGGUGUCUCCAUGGCGAUGCCUCAUUACUGCUGUUCUUCUUCCUGUGAUCACGGGUGAAAAGGAUUGACUGAUCGGGGCUUUAUUGAUGACCGCGGUGACUUUGUUUUACAUAUUUUGAUAUGUUUUUAAUGUUUGAUGCUGUGAAAGAAAGAAUUCUGGGGAAUACUUGUCUACUUUUUAAAUUCAGAGUUUCAUUUUCUAUAUUUUCUGUAAACUGAAGAGUGAAAAAAGUUUACGUCACUGUUCACGUUUGUGGAAAUGUUGUAUUUUAAUAUGGAAAUAAAUUAUUCUUUAAUUUUACUUGUAUUUUAUUUUUUAUUUUAGGACAAUAGGUGUGUGAGUCUGAGAUAUUUUUUCUGUGGUCAGUCUCAGACCUUGUGGGGACCAAAUAGCAACAACUGAUCUUCUGGUCGAGUCCUCUGUGGAAGUCCAGAAAUCUGAAGGUCCUCUACUGACCUCCGGGGUCAGACCUGCAGUUCCUUUUGACUGAAACAAUAUUUGAAAUGCAAAGUCUCCUCAGCGUCCCCCAGCACUCUCCUGAUGUGGAUCAGCUGAAGGAGCCUUCCACAUAGAGUCUGCUGGGAAAUACAGGACUGUCUCAGAAAAUUUGAAUAUUGUGGUAAACUUCUUUAUUU